AUGGAGGCAGCUGGAGUUGCGAGACGACUUAAAGGCUUUGCCGUGAUAAGAGAUUGUCGAGGGCCAGCCUCGUGUUCGGAGGUUUGGUCUUCUCGAGAGGACAGAGUAGUGCGGAAGGUGGUGGAGGAAGAUCGUGCGGCUCGAAGAAAGAAAAACACGAAGAAACGGAAGACAAAGAACCCUUUUACACUUGGUUUAGUGGAGUUUUCUGGGGUAUAUAAGGGGUACAAGGUGCGCAUGGUAACCGAAGGCAGGCAGAAACCUCCCCCUCCUUCCCCAUCCCACCUCUCUUUUCCUGCCAGCUUUGAAUCAAUAAUCUCCGGCCAGGAUUAUAUGCAGAGUCCCUUUUAUAUUUGGUGCCGUGAUAAGAAAGAUAUCGACAGAUUAAAGAACUCUGGGGGCCCGGAUCAAACACUCCAGAUGGAAUCGCCUUCGGCCCCGGAUUGUCUUAUUGAGGCCCAAGAAGAUUCCACCUCGGCAGGAUCAGCGGGGACGAUCGAUGCGUCGUCGUUGACGGUGUCGUCAUCGUCAGUAUCCUCGCCGACUACGUCGAGGAACGAGUCAACGGAGCGCGAUAACGAUGUUAAUAAGCAAGAGUUUGCCAGUAUAGAAUCGUGCGAGAUCUCGGCGGUAGCUUCGGAUGCCUCGAACGAGCCUUCGGAGACCUCGAACGACUCUUCGCCCGGCGAAGGUCAAUUAGAUAUUUCCGACAUGGGUCUUAAGCUUGGCAAGGACAAGAAGCAACUUCGAAACACGGACGACGAUGUCGAAGUGAAGUUGAACGUAUCUGUGGACGAACGAGAUUGUUCGACGCCGACGUCAACGCCGAUGUCGCCGUUGGUUCAGUGUAUCGAAAAAGAGACAGAGUCUGAUUUUAAAGUGUUGGAUAACAACGACGGAGGAUUCGUCCCCUCGUCGCCAUUAUGUAGAAAAAGACCGGCCAGUGAUUUCCUGCCGAUCAAUGCGGAGAUCAAGCGGAUUGACGUUGAGAUUCCCGAGAACGAUCUGAAUCAAGUAAGAAGCGACGUGAGGAGGAUCUCGCCGGUGUUGGUGAGCCUUCGAGAGCGCACCCUCGGCGAAAUAUCCCUGUCCUCGGACUCGUGCCUGUUCGACGACGACGUUAACAGUCGAUGCGCCUCGAGGAACAAUAGGAUUAUCGACGACCUGUUAACGAAUGCUUGUAGGUUAUCUACGACAACGGUCGUGGACGGUUCUUUUCAAAGGGAUCAUGAUCCCGAGGAAGCAACUUGCGUCGAGUCGGAGCACAGGAUCAUCUGCAGAGAAGCGACGUCACCGGAAGGUGAAUGUACUAAUGGCAGCGUCGAGGAGGCGCUGGCAGAGCCCUGUAAAAACCUCGAAUACUCGGGCUCGUUCAUCGACGAGGACUCAUGUUGUUCGCUGUCGCGCGAAAGCCCCGAGAGGAAUUUCAGCAAGUGCCAGGAACCGAAACAGUGCGAGGAGCCUAUCGAGGAGUGCUCAUGCAACGAUAUCAUGCCUACGAACGAUGCUUGCGCGAUACCGGUCGCGGUGAAUAAACAAAUGAAACAAACUUCGUUACCCCAUUUAAUAGUUAAGAUGGAACACGUCGACUUGUCGCAGUACUUGUCACCGGACCGGAAGAACGUGAAAUACGUGGUCGUCAGCUCGAAGAAGAAACAGAAGAAGAACACCGCGUGCAAUGAUGAUGAUAGCAACGUAGCCGUAAGAACUGAUUCCAAAGACACGUUGAAGGAAGUACGUUGUAUCGUUGAAAAUUGCGCUUACGAGAAAAACGUCCAAAAGACUGAGUCACAGGACCACAUGGAGAAUUCGACGGAUUCUCCUAUAGUAUCCAAUCUGAAACAGACCAAAUUAACAAAAUCAUCUUCCGCUGGCGUUGUGAAGGAAUGCAAGGUGGUCUUGCAGAGGAUAACGUUGCCGAUGACUACGAGAAUGACGUCGACGGAGAAAUCGGAGAACGAAGAAACGGGACCGAGAUCGGUAAUGGAGAAAUUGGAGACCGACGAGAAGAUUGUGUUCUCCCCGUCUUUAUCCUCCGCCGAGAAUUUACAAUCGCUGAACAAUUUAGAUUCGUCUGAAACGACGCUAGGCUCGCCGGAGAUGUUGGAGCCAACCGCGGAUGUUCCAGAAACGAUCGACACAGAGACGGAAACCGAGACUGGGUCUGAUAGCUCCGAAAUAUCGGCCAUGACGAGCGUACCUCUUCGUGGAUGCGAAGACGAUGCCGCUUCUGACCAAAUAUCGUGUCAAGAGAGCAGCGAGUCCAUGUGCUGCGUCGAUAUUAAUCCGGAGAUUAUAUCGAGGUUGGAGCCGGAAAGGCCGGAAGCUUUUACGGAAGAUUCAGCAGAGAGUCUGGCACUUGCCGCUGGUGCACGGGACGAAGUUAGAUCGGAUGGAAGCGAUUCUGGUCUAGGCAGCGAGAUUCCUGGUGAUUCUGGGCCUGCACCGGUCCCCGAAAGUGAUUCGGAGACUUCUUUCUUGGAUAGGAUACCCGAUGAUAUUCUCUCCGACAAAGAAAAAGCCGUGAAUCAAUUGGACAGCUUUGUGUCGAACGUGGGUAUACCAAGUACAGCACAGUCGCCAUUGACGAACUUUCGGAGUCCUACAAAGAGUAAUCUAAAACGAAGAUUAAUAGAUUGCAUGGAAGAGGCUCCUAGUCCGAAGAGAAGCAACACGGAUGAAUCGAUGAAAAAGAAACGCAAUAUUCAGUUCGAUGCCGUCACCGUUUAUUAUUUUCCUAGGGCACAGGGUUUCACUUGUGUGCCUUCUCAGGGUGGCAGCACUCUUGGUAUGAGCGCGACGCAUACUCACGCAGAACGGUUCUCGUUGUCGGAGCAUGCUGCUGAACAGAGGCGAAUUCAUCGUGCUCGACUAGCUCAGUUGCGUUCGGAGCGUGCCGCCAAUUGCGUAUCGGAAGCAGCUUCCAGCUCUGAGGAUCCCAGCGACGACACGGACGAGGAGCAAAGUGAUAAUGAGGAACUGGACAUUGAUAGUUAUUACUUUCUACAACCAGUGCCUACAUGGCAGAGACGAGCUUUGCUUAGAGCUGCUGGAGUACGUAGAAUAGAUGCGGUCGAGAAGGACGAGUGCCGCGACAUUAGAGCUAGUAGAGAACAUUGCGGUUGCGGGUGCAAAGGAUACUGCGAUCCAGAGAGCUGUCCUUGUAGUCGAGCCAAUGUAAAGUGUCAGGUUGAAUUAGAAAAAAAACAACGAGAAGAAGAGGGCGCGGAUCAUGACGCUUCCGACAAUCAAAACGGCCGUAGUCCGUUAAGGGAAAUCAAUUUGGGAUCUGUGAUGGAGAAUAGGACCACAGAAUCGUGUCUGAACGGUGGCGGAUUUACAACGCUUCAUUACGAGAAUCACGACGCUAGAGACGGCGGGACGAAUUGUCAGCCAGAAGUACCUGGUACUAGAGAGGAUAGUCUGGAUCUUUACGCAAUUAGAGAUGAUUGUUAUCCCAGCGAAGACACCGUUGAUGGUACGCAGGGACCUCAAAGGAAACUUCAUCCUGAGUUUAGCCAAGCUUUUCAAACAUUCUCAAGCCAAACGAGUGCUGGAGUGACUUUUCAACAACCUACUUAUCAGGAUUAUCAACCUUACGCUAACCUUCCUUCUACAUCUAGGGUGCAAUUUCAGCCGCAAUUCCAAACGGUGCCAGGAAAUCCAGGGUUCUCACACUAUGCGCCUUACGGACAAGACACCGGAUCAAUUCAGGGGAACUGCCAGGUCCAUCCCGGACAACACUCUUCCAACUACGAGGCUAGCUUCGCCCAAGACGAAACAACUGGAUCGCAGUACACGAAUUUGAAUUCGGUGCAGCCAAUGAACACUGUGGUUCAACAGAUGGGUAAACUAGAACCAUUUUCAGAACUUUUGUCUGGUAGAUAUUCGUAUUAUGGUGAAAUGGAGCCUCCGGCGCAUGGUACUUAUCAUGGGAACGGAACGAAGGUCGAGGUAGAAAAGAACCAAGGUAACGAGCAACAAUCGGAAAGUACGGAAGAGUGCGACGAAAACUUUGGUGAGAUUAUUAAAAAGUCAAUGGUUGAGACUGUAUCCGCUUAG